UAAAUAAUAUUCAGAGUUUAAGAAAUGGCGACUGAAGGUUUGCGCAAAUUAAAGUAUUCGAUUCAAAAAUGCUCCAGUUUUUCAUCGUGCUACGUACCUGAAAAUAUUUUGAUUGAUAAACCAAAUGAUCAGUCAUCAAGAUGGUCCUCAGACUCAAACAACCCUCCACAGUUCCUGAUCCUGAAACUGGAGCAACCAGCAAUAGUACAGUCAAUAACCUUUGGAAAGUAUGAAAAAACACACGUCUGUAAUCUUAAAAAGUUUAAGGUUUUUGGAAGCAUGAAAGAAGAUAACAUGAUUGAGCUGCUUGAUAGUGGAUUGAGAAAUGACCAUCUUCCUGAGACGUUUUGUCUGAAACACACCGUUAGUGGUCACAUGUUUCCAUGUCGUUAUAUAAAAGUAGUUCCAAUCCAGUCAUGGGGCCCAAGUUUUAACUUCAGUAUUUGGCACAUAGAGCUUUGUGGAAAUGAUGACAUAGAGGUUAUUCGGCCGUGCAUUAGCUGGUUUAAUCAUUACAGGGAAAAGGAAGCAAUAAGGCUUUGUUUGAAACACUUUAGGCAGCAGAACUACACGGAAGCAUUUGAAUCUCUUCAGAAAAAAACACGAGUCCAGCUAGAAGAUGAAAUGCUGUCAAGGCUCUACAAGUUAUUGGUUACGGAUGGUAAUUUUAGUGCCUGUGAAAAUCUUCUGGAAAAGGCAGCAGAAGAGGGUAUAUUCAGUGUCUAUCUAAGACAGCAAGAGUACAGACCUAAGUGGUCUCCAAUCAUAUCAGGGGGAGGUAAGUAUAACCUUGUGAUAAUCAACAAA